AUGGCAGAAUUAAAUUUGCGCGCUUCGGCAAUAAAGGCCAUUAAACGCAUACACGAUCGGGUGAGUGGAUUCCAGCAGGGUGCAUUUGAUGAAUUUCAUCUUGAGCAAGAGUUGAAAUCAUUGUCAGCACAUUAUGCACGUUUCGUGACCAACCAUGACCUGUUGAUGGGAAAUGCAGCAAACGCCGAGUUGGAGGCCCACGAGAAGUUAUGGGAAGAGGUUGAAGGUAUUUACAACAAUGCAUGUACCCACUUGAACCGUGCAAUCAUGGGUGCAAAACCGAGUCAGUCUGCUGUGAUGCCUGUGCGAGAGUGUGAGGUUAAGUUAGAACCGCUAGCAAUUCCAACGUUCGAUGGAACUAUGCAGAAUUGGCUGGCGUUUAAGGACGUUUUUGAAUUACUUGUCCACAAUACAGACUAUCCUGAGGGCUACAAGUUAGGCAAGUUGCGGCAGGCAAUAAGCGCAAGUGCUGUACCGCUCGUCGGGAGUGUAUAUUCUGGGGGAUACGCUGAUUUAUGGAAGGCGCUUAAAGAACGUUUUGACAAUAGAAGGCAGCUGGCUGAGACUCAUGUGUCACGCUUACUCAAUAUCAAGCCGACAACUGAGGACACACCAACUGCGUUACUGUUCAUCGUCGACACGGUACAUGAAUCACUACGAGCUUUACAUGUCAUGGGUCUACCAGUGGCCGAAUGGGAUGCUGUGGUCGUACCGAUAAUAGUUUCGAAACUUCCGAUAACUACACAGCGCGAGUGGAACAUGAGCUGUUCACCCACCGAAAUUCCGAGCCUCAAUGAGCUGCUUACGUUUUUGGGUCAGCGGGCUCAUAGCCUCAGCACAACAGUUGUCACAUGGAGCAAUGGGGUUGAAUUUACGUCCAAGAGUCAUCAACGCGCUGGUGGUCCGUCAAGAGCUGUUAGAUCACACGUCGUAUCUGCAGAGGAGGGUAAAUGCACAUACUGCCAAGGUGCACAUCGUAUUAUGAAAUGCGCACGCUUUCUUGUGAUGAAAUACGAAGACAGAAUUACUGCUGCAAAGACUGCAAAGCUUUGUUUUAACUGCCUAAAGCAAGGUCAUUCAGCAAGACAAUGUCCAUCGGGGAAUUGCCGUCACUGUGGUCGUAAGCACAACUCAUUACUUUGCCGCGAAUCAUUAUCUCAGAAUCCAUCAGAGAGCAAAUGCGAAGUUUCGGUGGAAGGAAUCGGAGCUUACUCCUACGCACGUACACGUGGGCGUGUCACACUCACGUUAAAAUCGCUCUAUUCCAGUUUCAGUUUGGAAAUCGUUGCACUUGUCAUGCAGUCAAUUACUAAGGUCAUCCCAACAGUGCAUAUUGACAUGACACGGUGGCAGCAUUUGAAUGGACUAGAAUUGGCCGAUACGCAGUUCGGCAUUCCUAGCAAUAUCGACAUUCUUAUUGGUGCGGAUGUAUGGGGAAAAGCAGUCGAAGGGGACAUAAGACUCGGUGGCCUCAAUGAGCCACACGCCCAGCGAACCCGCUUCGGCUGGGUUGUCUUCGGUCCAGUGCCAGCAGAGCAGCCAGCAACGCCGCCAACUCUUUCCUUCAGCACCCAGCAAGGCGAAGAGGACGCACGCUUGGAGGAGCUCGUAAGAAGCUUUUGGAAGUUAGAGGAAGUGCCUUCACAAGAUUGUAACGGCGAAGAUGAAUGUGAGAAAAUCUUUUUGACCACACACUCCCGCACAAGGGAAGGGCGCUACAUGGUUCAUAUACCAUUUCAUCCUGACGCACCGGCUUUGGGCAACUCAUACGCCCAUGCUUUACGACAAUUUCAUCUUCUUGAACGACGACUAGCAGCGAAUUGUGAGCUCAAGAAAAAAUACAUUGCCUUCAUGCGCGAAUACGCGGACCUCGGCCAUAUGGAACCCGUUAGUCACAUUGGAGAUGGGGGGGUCAACUACUACAUCCCUCACCACGCGGUUCUGGAAAAGUUCCGCGUUGUGUUCAAUGCUUCAGCGCGGACCACGAGCGGCCUCUCACUGAACGACGUCCAGUUGGUGGGAGCCACGAUUCAAGAACCACUUGUGAAUAUCAUCUUUCGUUUUCGGUGUUUUCGCGUAGCAUUAACAGCAGACAUCGAGAAAAUGUUCAGUCAAAUUCUGAUAACUCCCGAACAUAGGGAUUUCCAACGCAUUAUUUGGAGAGAAUCACCAGACAAUGACCUAGCAGUAUACCGUUUAACUACAGUGACGUAUGGGAUGGCUUGUAGCCCGUACAACGCAGUUCGCGCACUCAAUCAAUGCAGUUAUGAUAACUACAACGUAGUCGCAGAUGGCCAUCAGUCGAUUGUUGCGCGCCAUGCGAUUCUGUCAUCAUUUUAUGUGGAUGAUUUUCUCAUCAGUUGUGACACUGAGGAUAAAGCCUUCGAACUCGCUGUCAAUGUGAGUGCGAUUUUGUCGGCCGGACAGUUCCGUUUACGAAAAUGGAAUUCUAAUAGUGGUGAGGUUGUAAAGCGUUUCAUUAGUAACAAUUCCUCAAUCGUAGAGUUAGCAAGUGAACCAUCGACGGCAACUGUGCUUGGUUUAAGUUGGGACCCAACAACAGAUGAGAUCUUUUUCAAAGCGAAUCUAAACCAGAACAUCGGAUGCCUCACAAAACGUCGGGUUUUAAGUGAGGUCGCCAAACUAUUUGAUCCUACUGGCAUGCUUGCUCGAAUUGUUAUUGCCGGGAAGAUAUUUAUUCAGAAGUUGUGGUCUGCUGGCUUAGAAUGGGAUGCACCACUCCCAGAUGCACUUCAAAAUACGUGGGUCUUAUUUUACAGAGAACUUGACGUUAUAAACCGUAUCCGUGUACCACGAUGGUUAGGUUUGGCUGAGGGUAAUACUACUAUGCUACUUGGGUUUUGUGAUGCAAGUCCACUUGCCUAUGCGGCUGUCCUCUAUACUAGGACAACAGACGGUGAAGGUCGGUCAACUGUAUCAUUGCUAACAGCUCGCACCAAAGUGGCGCCACUCAAGGGUGCAACGAUUCCUCGCCUAGAACUUUGUGCGGCACAUUUACUCGCAUCCACACUUGACAGUGUGCGGACUGCUUUACGUCUAACGGACACUUCUUAUCAUUUAUGGUCCGACUCGCGAAUCGUGUUAUGUUGGUUACGUAAACCUCCAACUACUCUCAAGCCGUACAUUUCCAAUCGUGUUCGUCACAUUCAAGAGCUGACAUCACCAGAUCGUUGGCAUUAUGUACGGUCUGCACAAAAUCCGGCAGACUGUGCCAGUAGAGGUAUCCGAGCAUCAGAACUGGUUGAACAUCAGUUGUGGUGGCAAGGGCCAAAAUGGCUUAUGGACAAACAGCUACCAAUUUCCUUUGGGAUCGAAUUAAAAGAUGACGAGCUUGACAUUGUACGUGGUGAACAGAGAGUAUCAUCAUUUGUAGCAACGACGGCCCACGCGAGCAUUCUUACAACUCGACGUCUAGACGGCCAAAUAAUUCCAUUAAGCGAACGCUUUAGUUCAUUGCAAAAGCUUCUUCGUACCGUGGCAAUCGUACUUCGGUGGCUACCAGUUCGCCGACAUUUGCGAAGACUGAUCGUCAAUCCUACAGAAAUGGACGAUGCUCUUAACGUGCUAAUCCGAAACGAGCAAUAUACCUUUGCGACUGAUAUGUCUCUGAUUCGGAAGGGAUCGGAAAUAUCCAGCUCCAGCAAACUAAGGUCAUUGAACCCUUACAUAGAUUGUAACGACAUAUUGCGAGUCAGAGGUCGUAUUGGUCACGCUGACCUUCCAGAAGAUCGACGUUUUCCGAUAAUUUUACCGAAGCAUGGGAGUUUGGCAUCGCAUUACGGCAGCACGGCCAUUUAUAUCUUCAGGCGUCGACUAUUGCGGGCCUUUUACAGUGCGCAUCGGCACAAGGCCGUGCAUAUUGAAGUUGUUGAUGAUCUUUCAUCACCCGCAUUCUUAGAUGCAUUUACGCGCUUUAUAAGUAGACGAGGUCCAUGCCGAGAUCUCUAUAGUGACAACGGUACUACGUUCACAGGUGCUAACCGUUUGCUUAAAGAAGACUUGGCUGCUUGGCAGAACGACAACAACCAACAAAGUUUGGCGAGUCUCGGUACUCAUUGGCACUUCAUCGCUCCCAGCGCUCCUCAUCAAGGUGGUAUCUGGGAGGCUGCGGUAAAAUCUGCCAAAUAUCAUUUGGUGCGCCUCGUUGGAGCGCAGUCAUUAUGGUAUAGCCAACUUCAGACUUUGGCGACACGCAUUGAAGCAUGCCUAAAUUCUCGUCCGCUAACACCUAUAUACGAUGAUCCCGAUGAUAAGUUAGCGUUGACCCCUGCCGACUUUCUGGUUGGCGCUCCACUGGUUGCAGUCCCUGAAGCUGACAUCAGAACAAUUCCGUCCAACCGUAUUAAGCACAAUUUUGGCAACGAUGGAGCGAGGAAUAUUUAUCUACUCUUCAAACUCGAAACAAGUGGCAGACGAAAUCAAGGGACGUAA